GAGAAAUGGGGGAAAAGCAAAGUAGGCUGGCAUUCGAAGCGAAGACCCAGUGAUCCAUCGAUAACCACACCAAGUGAUCCGCUAAAGGAUUACAGCCAGAGGGCUAAAACCAGGACGAAGACGAAGAAGACGAGAACGAAAUCGAAACCGAAAACGAGGACGAGGACGAAGGCGAAGGCGGAGCGAAGCGGUGCUGAGAGUUGGAAGCUGUCCUCGAGGAGCUCUUCCCGGAGGCUGAAGAAAUGUAUUCGGCGGUAAAGCCGCUGUCCAAGUACCUGCAAUUCAAGUCCAUACGCAUCUACGACGCCGUUUUCACCAUCCAUUCCAAGUGCACCGUGGUGAUCCUGCUAACCUGUUCGCUUCUCCUUUCGGCGCGGCAGUACUUUGGGGAUCCGAUUCAGUGCAUCAGCGAGGAGAAGAACAUCGAGUACAUACAGUCCUACUGCUGGACCAUGGGCACCUACAUCCUUAAGCUGGACAACAACUUUGGCGAACAGCAGCUCCAGCCGCCGCCAGUUCAUCCGGACCAGGAGGCAAUCACAUCCGCUGACGAGUCAAUAUCAUCCUCCCCUUCGACUGCAAGUGCCUUGCCGAAAUCCCGCCAGAGGUACCGCUCGCGAUCGAGUCUCCGGAGAUUGGGGGAAUACAAUGAGGCCUAUGCGAGGGCCAUGUCGAUAGCCGAGGGCGUGGGACCCGAGAUCCGUGGCGAGUCGGAGCGGGAGUACCUGCGCUACUACCAGUGGGUCAUCAUCCUGCUGCUCUUCCAGUCGUUCGUCUUCUACUUCCCCUCCUGUCUGUGGAAGGUGUGGGAGGGCCAGCGGCUGAAGCAACUCUGCUCGGAAGUGGGGGAGGCACUCCUCUCCGAGGAGACCUACAACACGAGGCUCCGCCUGCUGGUCAAGUACUUCACCACCGACUACGAGGACAUGCACUUCUGCUACAUGGCCAAGUACGUCAGCUGCGAGGUGCUCAACUUCCUCAUCAGUGUGGUGAACAUAAUCGUUCUGGAGGUGUUCCUAAAUGGUUUCUGGUCGAAGUACAUGCAUGCCUUGGCCACCAUUCCGUUUUACGACUGGGACCGCUGGAACCGCGUCUCCUCGAGCGUUUUUCCCAAGAUCGCCAAAUGCGAAGUGCUGAAAUUCGGAUCGAGUGGCACGGCAAACAUCAUGGACAACCUGUGCAUCCUGCCGCUGAACAUCCUGAACGAGAAGAUCUUCGUGUUCCUGUGGGCGUGGUUCCUGCUGAUGGCCCUAAUGUCCGGACUGAAUCUCCUCUGCCGGCUGGCGAUGAUCUGCAGCCGGAACUUGCGGGAGCAGAUGAUUCGCAGCCAGCUGCGCUUCAUGACCAAGCGGCAUGUGCAGCGCGCCCUGCGCGACUUAACCAUCGGUGAUUGGUUUCUGCUGAUGAAGGUCAGCAUCAAUGUCAAUCCCAUGCUCUUUCGCGAUCUCAUGCAGGAGUUGUGCGAGCUGCGCACCUCCUCAUCGGUCAGCACUUUGGAAAGCGCCGUCUAGUGUCCGAUAUUUCGCUCAGGAUCGGGAUCAGAAGUUCCCCAGACCCAGACUCUCCAGUUCGAGAUCACCUCCUCCAUCGGCUGCCCACGUGGAUGAUCCCCGCCCAAAAAGGCGGGACACGCCCAUUUGACGUUGCCGUCGUUCGUUCAUUCAUUUCCUCACUGCCCCUUUCAACACAUUGUGCUUGUGUCUCAAAAAACAUGGCAUCCAAAACACACCAUCCAUAUUACUAUUAAUCUAAGCAGGACCUACAUAUUUGCCUAAUGAAAUCUGUUUUUAAAAUCGAAUACAUUUUAAAAUUUGUGGUUUCACUUUGUAAAAUUGCUAAUUUUAAUUAAUUUUCUAACAAUCGAUUAAAACACUAACCAAUGAA